AUGACAGCUUCAAACUUCUUCAAACCAACCAUCAGAGUAGCCACUGACAGGUGUCACUACACGGAAACAGAGCUUACAACAAGGUAUACGCAUGUUAAUCCUGUAGUAAGUGAGAUUGAAGGUUCAGAUUGUUUCGAAGUCAAGCCGGUUGUUCAGGAUUACGAAUUUAAGUUAGAUUUAAAAACGCCCAAACUUGGGGUUAUGCUCGUGGGUUUAGGCGGCAACAAUGGCACUACGUUUUUGGCAGCAGUAUUAGCUAACAAGAGCAAAGUAGCUUUUCAUACAAAGGAUGGACUGAUCGCAGCUAAUUAUUAUGGCUCUGUCACCCAAUCUUCUACGAUAAAAAUAGGAUGCAACGAAUCUGGCGCUGAUUGCUAUGUUCCAUUCAAUUCAGUUUUACCUUUCGUUGCACCAAAUGAUUUUGUUGUGAGUGGCUGGGAUAUCAAUGGUGCUAACUUAUAUGAUGCAAUGGUCAGAUCGCAGGUGCUGGAAUAUGACUUACAAAAUAAACUGAAGGGCGACAUGUCAAAAGUAAUCCCCUUGCCAUCAGUUUAUUAUCCUGAUUUCAUUGCGGCAAAUCAGAGCAGACGCGCAGACAACUGUUUCAAUAGAACAUCAUUGGAAGAUAAAUCAUCAACGAAGGGCAAAUGGUCUCAUGUUGAACACAUUAGGAAGGAUAUACGUGAUUUCAAAGCCAAUAAUGAUUUGGAUAAAGUUAUUGUAUUAUGGACAGCUAAUACCGAAAGAUAUGCCGAAGUUUUGCCAAAUGUUAACGACACAGCAGAUAAUCUAUUAGCCGCCAUCCGAGCAGAUCAUGAGGAAAUUGCACCAUCAACAAUUUUCGCAGUAGCUUCAAUAUUAGAGGGAGUCACUUAUAUUAACGGCUCACCACAGAACACUUUUGUUCCUGGUGUUGUUGAGCUGGCUGAAAAGGAAAAAACUUUCAUUGCAGGUGAUGAUUUCAAGAGUGGCCAAACGAAACUAAAAUCUGUUUUGGCACAGUUUUUAGUUGAUGCUGGAAUUAGACCGACUUCUAUUGCUUCAUACAAUCAUUUGGGUAAUAAUGAUGGAUACAACUUGAGUUCGGAAAGACAAUUCAAGUCAAAGGAAAUUUCAAAAAGAUCAGUUGUUGAUGAUAUAAUUGCUUCAAAUCAGAUUUUGUACAAUGAUAGAUUAGGGAACAAAAUAGACCAUUGCAUUGUAAUCAAAUACAUGAAUGCUGUUGGAGAUUCAAAAGUUGCAAUGGACGAGUACUAUAGUGAAUUGAUGCUCGGGGGUCAUAAUAGAAUCUCAAUUCAUAAUGUUUGUGAAGAUUCAUUGCUUGCUACCCCUUUAAUUAUUGAUUUGAUUGUUAUUGCUGAGUUCUGCUCAAGAAUCUCUUAUAAGAAAGUUGGUAGCGAACAAUACGAUAAUUUCUACUCCGUACUAUCAUUUUUAAGCUAUUGGCUGAAGGCUCCUUUGACUAGAAAAGGUUUCAAAGCGAUAAAUGGAUUGAAUAAGCAGCGUUCUGGGCUGGAAAAUUUCGUCAGAAUUCUUAUUGGGUUACCUCCUCUCGACGAGCUGAGAUUUGAAGAAAGAUUACAGUAA